UUUUCUCCUGCCCUCCACCAGAAUCGAAACCGAGGGACGUGACCCAAGCAGCAGGAGCCCGCGCCCGCUGGGUCUCCAGCCCUCCAGCGCCUCUCCGACCCCCAGGCCCAGACCUCAAUCAUGCCGUCGCCGGAGUUGCCCCGGGAAGGUGCCGAGCCAAGUCCCGGCCCCUGUUCUUCGGAGCAGGCCACAGAAGAAGACUUCAAGUUCCUGAGCUGCCAGGGCUGCCAGACCCAGGCCAAGUGCCCCAAGCUGCUACCUUGUCUGCACACACUGUGCUCGGGGUGCCUGCAGGCGCCCAGCCUGCACUGCCCUGUGUGCCAGGCACCCUGCUCCCCAGGCGAGACGUCUGUGCUGGAUAAUGUCUUCUUUGAGAGCCUGCAGCGGCGCCUGGCUGUGCACCAGCAGGUGGUAGACAUGCAGGCCAUCUGUACACGCUGCAAGGAGCCGGCUGACUUCUGGUGCUUCGAGUGCGAGCAGCUACUGUGCAGCAAGUGUUUCGAGGCGCACCAGUGGUUCCUGAAGCACGAGGCCCGGCCGCUGGCCGAACUACGCAGUCAGUCUGUGCUUGACUUCCUGGAGGGCACCCGCAAGUCCAACAACAUCUUCUGCUCCAACCCCAACCACCGCACCCCUACGCUGACCAGCAUCUACUGCCGGGGCUGCAACAAGCCGCUGUGCUGCUCAUGCGCACUCCUGGACAGCGGUCACAGCGAUCUCAAGUGCGACCUGAGCUCCGAGAUCCAGCAGCGCCAGGACAAGCUGGAUGCCGUGGCGCACGCGCUGCAGGAACGCAACGGCGUUUUUGGGGCGGCGCACGCGCAGGUGAAGGAGGCCAUCGAGCAGCUGGCCCGGGCGCGCUCCGAAGCCGAGAAGCUGAUCCAGGAGCGCGUGAGCCAAGUGGUGGCCUACCUGAAGGAGCAGGAGAACGAGCUGCUGCAGGCGGUGCACACGUGCUACCAGCGCGAUUAUGAGGAGCUGGCAUGCCAGCUGCGCCACCUGGACUCGGUGCUGCAGCGCAUCCGCACGGGCGGCUUGCUCGUGCAGAGAAUGAAGCGCUAUGCCUCGGACCAGGAGGUGUUGGAUAUGCACAGCUUCCUGCAGGACGCACUCGACAGCUUGAGCCUGGAGGAGCCCCGGAGCCCAGAGACCUCCGCAAUGAGCACCGACAGCUUAAAGGAGUUCAAGGUGCGCCUGCACGACCUGGUUUCUCGCGUCACCCAUGCAACAGAUGCGAUUCUGCCCAAGAAAGUCAGUCCAGAGUUGGCCAGCACCCCCAGUGACCUCCCGGGCGUAGAGCUGCCAGAUGAGACUCAGAAGAUAGAGGCGCUGGGGCUGGUGGAGGCCCAGUCCCUGGCUGUGGUGCAGCCAGUGCCUGGUGCCCACCCGGUGCCCCUGUACGCCUACUCCAUCAAAGACCAAUCCAAUGCAAAGGAGAACUUGGACUCACGCCCAGGCGACAAGAGGAAGUCCUGCUCCACCCAGUGUUCCAGCAAGAUGAUUAAACUGGAGUCUGCGAAAAAGGAGGAGGAGGAGUGGCCAUCCUGGAACUCCCCGGAGCAGCCCAGGCCCAGCACCUCCAGUGCAGUGUCAGAACCCCAUUUGGAUGGGGUCCCCAACCUUGGAAGCCCCAUCGUAAGAAACAAUAUUGCUCCGUCUCAGAGAAACCACGUAGCAGGUGACAAAGACGACAGCACGGAGGAGGCAGGGGAUGUGGUGGUGCUCAGCGGCUCCGAGGACUCAGAUGACACGGAGAAAUUGGACCUGAAGCACCCCAGGACCUCGGAGCCACACCCCCCAGCGGCUUGCCCCCCGAUGUCGGCCCCUACCCCUCCUCAUCACGCUGAUGCAGUGGCUGUACCUGCCGACCAUCCAGAGCCUAGCACCGCCAACCACCAACACAGGAUCAACUUCCUGUCACACCGCCGCCUGCCCCAGAACUUCGGCAUGCCAUCCCCUUAUGUCCCCCAGAACCCGCUAGUCCAAGUCCUGCAACAUAGACACCCUGCCCUUCCAUCCAUGCAGGAACACCCGCUGUCCAAAUGGAAGAGUCUAUUUGGCCAUAGCCCUGGGCGCACACGUCCUCGUGACCCACCUCCCUCUUAGCCAGGGGACUCAGGGAGUGCCUUGUCCUGUCCCUGCCUUGGUCCUGGGUUGUCUGCUCCAGCACAGGAAGUUGGGAACUGUGCUGCCACCUGCAGGUCUAUAGGCAAAGCGCACCAGAUUACUACAGUCAGAGCUCCCCUUAACUAUUCAGUCUCAUUGUCACCCAAGUCCAGGUCCCACUACUGGAAGUCUCUCUGUGCCUGCACUCCCACGUCCCCACCAUCAACCCCUGUAAAAGGUGACCCCAGCAGCCCCCUCAGACUGACCUCUGAAAGCCCCAAGUGUACCUGCCCCUUGGUACACUUCUGAGCAGCCAGAAUGCAUCCACUAGCUCUUGGUCAAGCACAGAUGGCCAUGGGGACCCCUGGGCAGGGUGGGGGCCCCCAAAGACUCCAUGUC